UCGCCUCUCCAGCCGGAAGUUGCGGAACUGAAUGGACCCCGGAGCCGGCUGCUGGAGCUUCUCAAUCUUCAUCUGAGGCGUGGCGGCCGCUGGGCCACCAGGUUCAUGUGGAGGCUCCCAGGUUGCCGCGCCGCGCUUCGUGGGGUCCGCACGGCGGUGGGGCGGCACACUCGGGCCGAGGCGGGGACUGAGACAGCGGCGGGCGCUAUGGAGCGCGCUGUAGUGCGCUGUGUGCCCUCGGAACCGAAGCUAAGCCUGUCGUUCGCGCUGGCCGACGGCAGCCACAAGAACAUGCAGCGCGACCAAAGCGAGCCGCUGGGUCGGGCCCUCAGCCGGAUAGCAACCAAUGCCCUCAAAGGCCACGCUAAGGCGGCCGCCGCCAAGAAGAGCAGGAAGAACCGGCCAAAUGCAAGUGGCAGCGGGGCCUGUGCGGGGCCUGGGCCCGAGCCGGCUGCGGCCUGCGAGCCCGUGGUGAAGCUGUACUACCGGGAGGAGGCAGUGGCUGAAGACGUGCUCAACGUGGACGCCUGGCAGGACGGUGCGGUGCUGCAGAUCGGCGACGUCAAGUACAAGGUGGAGCGCAACCCGCCCGCCUUCACCGAGCUGCAGUUGCCACGCUACAUCAUGGCCGGUUUCCCGGUUUGCCCCAAGCUCAGCCUCGAAUUUGGGGAUCCCUCCAACUCCGUCUUCCGCUGGUACAAGGAAGCCAAACCCGGAGCGGCAGAGCCUGAGGGCGGGGGCCCCUCGUCAUUGUCUCCCUCUUCACCCUCUCCUAGUUGGACGGAGACGGGUGUGAACGAGCGCGUCUACACGCCAUCCAAUGCCGACAUCGGGCUCCGACUCAAGCUUCAUUGCACCCCAGGCAAUGGGCAGCGCUUCGGGCCAAGCCGGGAAUUGGAAAGUGUGUGUCCCGUGGAGGCUGGGCCUGGCACCUGCACCUUUGACCACCGGCAUCUCUACACCAAGAAGGUGACGGACGACUCUCUGAUCCGCACGGUCUCUUACAACCUCCUGGCCGACACGUACGCCCAGACUGAGUUUUCGAGGAGUGUCCUAUACCCAUACUGUGCGCCUUAUGCUCUGGAACUCGACUACCGCCAGAACCUUAUCCAGAAGGAGCUCACGGGCUACAACGCUGACCUCAUCUGUUUGCAAGAGGUUGAUCGCAGCGUGUUUACAGACAGCUUAGUGCCGGCCCUCGAGGCCUUUGGGCUGGAGGGCGUGUUUAGAAUCAAGCAGCACGAAGGCUUGGCUACUUUCUACCGAAAGGCCAAAUUCACUCUCCUUAGCCAGCAUGACAUUUCUUUCCAUGAAGCCCUGGAGUCAGACCCACUUCACAAAGAACUGCUGGAGAAACUAGUUGUGUACCCGUCUGCGCAGGAGAGGGUGCUCCAGAGAUCUUCUGUCCUCCAGGUUUCUGUUCUUCAGUCUACAAAGGACUCUUCUAAAAGAAUCUGUGUUGCUAAUACCCAUCUCUACUGGCAUCCAAAAGGUGGGUACAUUCGUCUCAUUCAAAUGGCAGUAGCAUUGGCUCACAUUAGACAUGUCUCAUGUGACCUGUAUCCUGGCAUACCGGUUGUAUUUUGUGGAGACUUUAAUAGUACCCCAUCAACAGGAAUGUAUCAUUUUGUGGUCAACGGCAGCAUCCCAGAGGACCAUGAAGACUGGGCUUCCAAUGGGGAAGAAGAACGGUGCAACAUGUCGCUUACCCAUUUCUUCAAACUGAAAAGUGCUUGUGGUGAACCUGCUUACACAAAUUACGUUGGUGGCUUUCACGGAUGUCUGGAUUACAUUUUCAUUGACUUAAAUGCUCUAGAGGUUGAACAGGUGAUUCCAUUACCUAGCCAUGAAGAAGUUACCACCCACCAGGCCUUACCUAGUGUUUCCCAUCCCUCUGAUCACAUAGCACUUGUAUGUGAUUUAAAAUGGAAAUAGAUUUGUGUUUAAUGGAAUUUAAGUCUGCUUUGGUAGGAAAUUUAAUAUGAAUCAAAGCUUAUGUGUAACCUUCAAAGAGGAAAACUAGACAGAUACAAAGGCAAAAUGUUGUUACUCUACUAGUUACGUUCCAGUGUCUUCAUUACACAACUGUUCAUAAUAUUUGCAGUUUCUCCACUUUUCUUUUUUUCCUGUGGUUGAAGGAAAAACAAAUAUAUUUAUGACUCCCAGGAAGAACAUUGAAUUAUUAUGUACAUUUUUAUAAGUACCUUUUUUUUUAGCUAGGAAUUAAGAAUUUUGUAAAAAAAAAAAAAAUUUUUUUUAAUGAUCCUUUAAUUUUUCUAUCAUAACACAUUUCAAAUUGAAUCAUGUUUAUAUAAGUAGGAAAAAUGCAUACAGGUUAAAGGGAGAGGCCUAAGUCUGACCCACGAAAGGAGUAACAUUGAGUCUACCUCGACCUCAGUUAGGCUAGCAAUUUAAUACAACUUCAGAGCUUUAACAGAAGAUUAAAAUAUGCCAUCACCAAUUGUUA